GCAUCUUUGUGACCGUAACACAUUUCGACGCGUCAGCGAUCGAUACCUCUUCCUCUUUCGCGAACCAUGUUUCGGAAUACCUACGACUCGGACAACACUGUUUUCUCUCCCCAAGGUCGUCUUCACCAGGUCGAAUAUGCCCUUGAAGCCGUGAAGCAAGGCUCUGCUGCCGUCGGCUUGCGUUCAAAGAGCCAUUCAGUUUUGCUGGCCCUCAAGCGUUCAGCCGGCGAAUUGGCUUCAUACCAACAGAAGAUGUUCCGAAUAGAUGACCAUGUUGGCAUCGCUAUCGCUGGUCUGACCUCGGACGCUCGUGUUCUGAGUAAUUUCAUGCGCCAACAAGCAAUGUCAUCAAGAAUGAUAUUUAACCGCCCCGUUCCCGUCAACAGGCUUGUGUCGGCAAUGGCAGAUAAGGCACAAGUCAACACUCAGGAAUACGGUCGACGUCCUUACGGUGUUGGGUUCCUCGUCAUUGGACAAGACCAGUCUGGGCCUCAUCUCUAUGAGUUCUCACCUUCCGGAAACUCGUACGAAUACUAUGCGAUGUCGAUUGGUGCCAGAAGUCAGAGCGCGAAGACUUACCUCGAGAAGCAUUAUGAGAGCUUUGCGGAUUGCGAUCUGGACGAGCUUAUUCGGCACGGAUUGCAUGCUCUGCGAGAAACGCUGCAACAGGACAAGGAACUGAACGUCAAGAAUACUUCAAUUGGUAUCGUUGGUUCUGCUAGUCCCAACGAAACUGGCGUUUCCCCGACUGGUGCAUUCCGUAUUCUCGAGGGUGAAAAGGUGGAUGUCUUCAUUAAAACUAUGAUACCAAAGGAGACAGAUGCCCCUGCACCAACAACUGACGAAGACGUGCAAAUGGCCGAGUAAACGAUGCUGUAUCAAUACAUUCAUAUUUUUUGUUCUC